AUGAGUCAGAAAGACACAAAUCGAAUAGUCCCUGAACCCGCUGAGACAAAGAUUGGAUGUAAGACAAUAAUGGGAAUAAAGAAAGAUGGUGAAAAGUGGAUAGUCAACAAGUUUGUAGUUGGACAUAAUCAUAUUCUACUUACACCGAGAAGUACUAGUUUCCUUCGUGGACAUAGGGGAGUUACUAAAGUCCAAAAAAAAUUCAUUAUGACUUUGAAUGAGUCCGGUGUACCGACAAGGAAGAUAAUGUCGGUGUUGAGUAAAGAUUCAGGUGGUGAAUUUAAUGUCGGUUGUAUUGGUAAGGAUGUAGAAAAUUACUUGGGAACCAAAAGGAGAAAAAUAUUUGAAGAGGAGGAUGCACAAAGAUUAUAUUCAUACUUUCUUGAUCGACAACUCAAAGAACCUGGGUUUGUGUUUUUUAUGCAAGUUGACAAGGAUGGAUGUAUGAGAAGUUGUUUUUGGGUUGAUGCGAGAUCAAGAGCUACAUACCAAUAUUUUGGAGAUGUUGUUACAUUUGAUGCCACUUACCUGACCAAUAUUUAUAAGAUGUCAUUUGUGCCAUUUUCUAGAGUUAAUCAUCAUCAUCAGACCAUAAUGUUUGGUUGUGCUUUGUUGAUUAAUGAAACUGCAGAAUCAUAUACAUGGUUAUUGAGAACAUGGAAAGAGGCAAUGCUUGGGCGUGCCCUUUCAACGAUAAUUAUCGAUGAUGACAAGGCGAUGGCUAAGGCAAUUGUAGAGAGGAGUGAAAACAUGAACACAUUUUUCAAAGAUUAUGUUCGUUCAAGCACUAUGGUUAGCGACUUUGUGCAUCAGUAUGAGAAAGCUAUAGAUGCACGUUACUUUAAAGAGAAAGAGAAAGAUGUGCGGACAAAAUCUACGCAGGCGAUAAUGAAGACACCUUUUAAAAUUGAAGAGGAGGCGGCAAUUGUUUAUACAAGAAAAUCCUUCAUAAUUUUCCAAGAUGAGUUGCUUAAUAGUUUACGGUACCAAGCAAAAAAAUUGUAUGUGAGUGGUGAGGUCAAGACAUAUGGAGUGACAGCCCAUGGCAAAGAAACAUCUCUUUACCAUGUAACGUUAUCGGGUGAUAAGGACAUGCUACAUUCAGUUGAAAAACACAAUCACUUCACACUUGCUUUAGAGAAGGUUCACAAAGAGUUGCUUGCAAUGGAAGAUCAUGUACAAUGUUCACAAACGGUGCCCACCAAUGAUGAUCAAAUAUUUAAAAGUCAAGUUAUAUCGAACUUUUCACAAACGGUGCAUGAUCCUCCACAGGUGCCCACAAAAGGGAAGGUUUUUGAGAACGAAAAGGAGAAGCGAGAAGCUAAGGGUUUUGAGUCAGACGAGGAGAAGCUAAGGGUUUUGAAAAAAGCUUUUAGAGCCAUUUUGUUAAUUGUAAUGAAACAUGGAUAUUGA